AUGUUCCGCUUUUCCUUCGCAAUACACCCACGUCGCCCCCCCUUCAAACUUUGUCGUGUUGUGCGCUGCGCUGCACGGACCCAGGCCGACUACGGCGACAUGAACUCGGAGAUGCUCUUCAGCGCCUUCCUCGACGACGAGACCCGAUCCCAGCUGUCCGACUACGACGCCCUCGCCGUCAUCCCGUCGUCGGUCCUGUCCAAGAACGACCCUUCCGUCGCCGACCCCGUCGUCUCCGUAGACGCCCUCUACAGCCUGGCCUUCGACGGCCAGACCGACAACCCCGACGAUGACUUCUGGGUCAAGUCGCUUUCCGUGGGAGAAGGCGGAGACGCCGAGGGCUCCGGUUUCAGCGGGGAUGGCGCGGCCAUCUACAACAACGACGACGAGAGCUUCGUGAGCUACGUUCGCGCCGCGAACGUAAAGCGGCGGCGACAACAGCAAGAGGAGGUCAGCGCCGAGGAGUCGGUGACCACCAUCGAUACCUUCGGCGCGGCGCUCAUGUACACCCUGGAAGACCCGCUCUACGAGGACUAUCCGGCCAAGUUCGUGAUGGGGGAUCUGCUUUCCUACGGAGGUAGCAGCAACUACGACUUCAAGGCCGACCUCCACGACACGCGAGGUAGCGACGAAUACGAUUUCAAGGACAAACACCAAUUUUCGGAACCCAAGUGGAAGGCGGCCCGGAACUGGCGCGGCGACCCGGAGAACCGGGUCCAGCCCAAAUGGCAGGAGCAGGAAAAGUGGCGCGGCGACCCGGAGAACGGGGUUCAGCCCAAAUGGCAGGAGCAGGAAAAGUGGCGCGGCGAUCCCGAGAACGGCAUCGAACCAAAGUGGAAAUCCGACGGCUGCUUCGACGGCUGCACCUACACGAGCCACGAUGGCACCAGGGGUCGCGUGUGCGACCUCUCUUGCAAGACCGGGGAGCCCUACGGUACCUACGGGUGCGCGGCGAAGAGCCGUAAGUACGGGCUAUCCUGCCGCCGGUGCUACAACGAUGUCGCCAAGGCCCUCAAGAAAGACACCCCCGAACAUCGCGCCAUCAUGUGCGACACGCUGGAACCUCCUUCUACCUACUCCGCGCGUAGGCUCGAAGAGAGCGACUCCAAACCGAGCCCUGCCGCCGAGCUGGCCCGCCUGCUCCAGAAGUACAUGCGCAAGCGCGACGAUGAGUCUAGAGAUGGAGUCGAAGAGCGCCGACCUGAGUGAGGGCAGAAGUGAAGCAGGAAUACCAAGGCCUGAUCAACCGAGAUACGAAGGCUAAGAACGAGGGCUGGAGAGGGCGAAGCCCCCACUGGGACAAUAUUUUGUGAACACAUGUAAUAGUGCUCUUGUUCGUGGGGGUCAGUGCUAGGGUUAGUUUGCAAAGGUGUUCGGAGUGUUGCGCCCGGGAAGAUCCUAGACAAGUGGAUGCGAACACAAGUUGUACGGUAGACAGGUAGUCUAUUUUCUUUGCGGGUUCGAGUAGCGAUGCGCGUAUGAGUCGAAUUUCCUGAUCUAAUCCUCCGGUUAAGUCUAUACUUGAAG